AUGAAGUCAGCGGUGCUGCGAUUCGAGGACAAGCCGGAAGAGCUGGUCCUGAUCGAGCUGCAGAGCACCGCUUACAUGGAGGACGGUUCGAAGGUCACGGACCAGGAGCUCGGAACCCUGCAAUUGAAAGGAGGAACUGUGGUGCUCACAAACGGCCCUCGCAGCCUCUAUGGAUCUCUCCAAGAGCUCAAAAGCCCUCUGGCCCCUUGA